GUGGCACUGUGUCCUCACUAGCUCGACCUCAUGUUCCCCGUCGCGCCAAGCGCGUCCAUCUCACUCUCCAUGUCCUUGUUCUCUGGCGAGAGCUCGAGGCACUCCGGCCACUCCGGCAUGCAGCCCGCGCCGCUCGCGCUCGCGAUCCUCGACCGCCACGCGGGCCUCCCGACGUCGACGCUCACGUCCAGCUUCGAGCCUCAAAACCGUGUCUCUCCCCCUCGCUGCUGGCUUUCUGCUACUCUCCUGCGCUCGUCGCCUGCAACAGUCAAUGUGCGCGCUCAAGAACAUGCUCUCAUCGAGCUUCGUCAUCAUCUGGCAGAGCCUUGCCGCCGACUCACUCCCACCCUCUUGUGUCCACACUUGGGUAGUCUCCACCUCGCUGUCUCUUGAUUCCCGCUCUCUGCAGAGUUGUUCUGGAUGCGAAUAUAUGCUGUAAUAGCUCCUUGCUCCCCAAUUAGCAUCGCCAUGUUCCUGCAGCCCGAUGUCUGCCCCAUACUCGAGACGUUCGUCUUCGACUGCGGCGAGAAGCUGCUCAAUGCACGCUCCCCACCACUGCCAUCCCUCUAUUCGACUCCCGCUUUCCCAGCCUCCAGCACGCACUCACCCACCUUCUCCGCACCACCCAUGCCCUCGCGGAACGCGCUCGAGCCCGAGCUACACACGCCCAACUGCACACUCCGCCGCAUCAGCAUCCGCGGGAUGGGCAUCUCGCGCCUGUACCCGAACCGGCCGAGCCACGCGCAAGACCACUUACCCUCACUCCUGCGGCACCACACGCUCUUCCCCACACUCGAGACCGUGCACACGGUCGGCUUCCUCGUUGACGCGUGCACGGACCAGUUCGCAGGGAGAUCUUCAUCUGGUGGACGGAGAAGUUCGAGGAGCAAUACACCGACCCUGCGGACAGCAAGCAGGAGAUCGUCGCGGAGGAUCACGCGAGCCUGGUACACAAGAGCGACACGGAGGAGGUAAAAUAAGAAUGGCAAGCCCAAUCGGGCGUGAAGCACGGGUUUGAGAAGGAGGGAAGGAAACACUACCAACUGUGGACCCACGAACCCGCGUUACCCGCGUGCAACCCGUGCCCACUGCGGUGGGUCUUUACCCGGGCGGGUGCGUUUCUUAGGUUUAGUUGUAUUACAUACAGUACUAGUACUACACAAUGUGUAGCAUACAUCGAAAAUGAAAUCUAUUGCCAGAAA